CCUUUGUUUUACAGGAAACGAGUUGUUGGACUGAUCUGUAAAAAGGACGUUUAAUACAACACAAUAUCCACGCUUUCAAUUCACAACCAACUCUGCAAAACAGAAAUGGAUUGGUUCCUGUUUUUUAUUCUCCUGCAAAUGGGAGUGAAAGGACGGUGUCAACAAGAGGAAGUCUGCUUAAAAUCUGUGGUUAACUCAUGUGGUGACUGUAUCAGAUCCGGACCAUACUGUGUGUGGUGCAAACAGCUGAAUUUUACCAAACCGGGCGAGCAGGAAGCAGUACGAUGUGACACCCAAGCUCAACUGAUCGGGAGAGGCUGCAAGAAGGAAGAAAUCAUUUCCCCCCAGAACAAUCUAAAAAUUCACAAGAGAGAGUCUCUGUCCAACUCAUUCAACGAACAGGAGCCUGUCCAGCUGAGUCCACAGAAGAUUAGUCUGAGACUGCGACCUGGUCUUCCUACCACAUUCAGUGUUUCUUUCAAAAGAGUUGAAGGUUAUCCAGUGGAUCUCUACUAUCUGAUGGACCUGUCUUACUCAAUGAAAGAUGACUUGGAAAAUGUCAAAGAACUCGGAAAAGAUCUUUUUGCAGCCCUGAAAAAAAUCACUAAAUAUGCUAAAAUAGGUUUUGGUGCCUUUGUUGAUAAGACCGUCCUUCCUUAUACUAACACCAACAAGGAGAAACUGCUGAAGCCAUGUGAUGAGAAUUACCAGCAAUGCCAAGCUGCUUUUGGCUACAGACAUGUGUUAAGUAUGACAUCGACGGAAGAAGAGUUCAAAAGUAAAGUGACUGAGCAGUUCAUUUCUGGAAACUUGGACUCUCCAGAAGGCAGUCUUGAUGCCAUGAUGCAGGCUGCAUUAUGUGGGGACAAAAUAGGUUGGAGGAACAGCAGCACUCGGCUUAUUGUGCUGACUACUGAUGCUGGAUUCCACAUGGCCGGAGAUGGAAAAUUAGCUGGCAUACUGGAACCAAAUGAUGAACACUGCCACAUGGAAAACAACCUCUACACUAACAGCAUUGAGAUGGACUACCCAUCUGUUGGACAACUAGCCGUGCAGUUGGAGAAAAGCAAUAUUCAGCCAAUAUUUGCAGUGACCACAAAUGUGGAAACUGUGUACACGCAACUUUCUCAAAGGAUCCCAAAAUCAGCGGUGGGAGUUCUGUCAUCGGAUUCCAAAAAUGUGGUUCAACUGAUUGAGAGCGCCUACAAUAGGUUGUCCUCCAAAGUAACACUGACCCAUGAUAAUCUGCCUGAUAAUGUUCGAGUUAUCUACACACCCAAGUGCGAACAUCCAGGACCAACAGGGGAGAGUGAAGGGGUUUGUGACAAUGUACAAGUGGGGCAGGAGAUUUCUUUUAAUGUCACAGUGACAGCAUACUCAUGCAUGGAGGACAAGUCGUUUACUAUUCGACCACAGGGCAUUAAAGAUACAUUGACUGUGACCAUAUCUACAAAUUGUGAGUGUCAGUGUGUUGACCCAGGACUCAAUAAACAUCCACAUUGCAAUGAAAAGGGAAACGUCAGCUGUGGUAUAUGCAGCUGCAGUGAAGGCUCCAUCGGUCAGUUCUGUGAGUGCUCCAUUGGCCGCAGAGACGAGCGUACCUUACGAGCAUCCUGUCAGAGGCAGAAUGGCACUGAGUGCGAGGGUAGAGGAGACUGUGUCUGUGGCAGGUGCGAGUGCCACACCACAGAGGGUGGAAGAAGUUACUAUGGUGACUUCUGCCAGUGCGACGAUGAACACUGUGAGAAGUUCCAGAAUAAACUGUGUGGAGGGAAUGGUAACUGCAAAUGUGGCAAAUGUGAAUGCUUUGAAAGCCACGAGGGCUCAGCCUGUCAGUGUAGAGUGUCUGAGGAGGGCUGUCGUACCCCCAACAACACUGUGUGCUAUGGCAGAGGGACCUGCAAGUGUAACCGCUGUGAGUGUAAGGAAGGAUACCAGCAUCCCCGAUGCCAGACAUGCCUUGGCUGCACUGACCCUUGCCAGACCAAACUGAACUGCAUUGAAUGCUUAGGCUUUGACUCAGGUCCCUUUAAAAAAAACUGCAGUGCGGCUUGCAGCAAGAGCAUUUAUCAUGUUAUGGUGGAUCAGUUCACCAUACAAAGCAAGAAGUGCCAUCAAAAGGACUCGGGUGGCUGCUGGAUCACAUUUAAUCUGGAUCAGUUGGUCGGAGAGGAUAACUACAAGGCUGAAAUUGUGAAACAGAGAGACUGUCCAGCUCCACCAAGCGUCACAGCUAUCAUCGGUGGCUCCAUUGCUUCUGUGGCUCUUAUUGGCAUCUUGCUGCUGAUGCUGAUAAAGCUACUUAUCUACAUGAAGGACCUGAAGGAGCUCAGAAAAUUUGAAAAUGAGCAGAAGAAAUCCAAGUGGGCAAAGGCUGACAACCCACUGUUCCAUUCUGCCAAUACCACUGUAUUGAACCCAACCUUCACUGGAGAAUGAAGAUUAUUGCUGAACUAAUGUCAUUUACUCUGAAUAAUUGAAAUUGCAUUGCUUUUGUUGACUUACUAUUAAGAAAUGCUCAUUGCUUAUUAUAUUGACUUUGGAAAAACUGUAAUGAAUGUUGCUUAUAAUAUAAACAGUAAGAGAGUAGGACAGAGAAUAUAAAGAGUGGAAUGAGGUUUGAUUUACACCUCUACUGCAGAGAUGCACCACAUCUAGGUAACCACAAGGCACCCUGAGUGGAAGUCAGGUAUUACACACAUAUACUGGAUCCGUCAUCUAAAGGCAGUAGCUCAGUCCACAGGGCCUUGCUAAAUUGGCAGAGAGAUACCAGUUUGCCCCCUGAGCUCUGCCAUAGUAUUCUUGAGCAAGGCACCAGGACCUGCUGGCUAUGCUAAGGCGGCUUGAAUUUUACUGCAUGCUGUGCUUGUAAAAAUACCAUGUGUGACAAUAAAAUUUGAUUUACAUCCA